CUUGUAGUACGACAAGUUCUCCGAAUUAAUUAGUAGUAAUACGAAGUUGUGGUAAAACAGGUCGUGCUCGGAGACACACGAGUCUACCAACCUUGUUAUUUAGUAAAUAAUCCCCACGCUUGAACGUGCUCAAGAUCCUAGCGCAAUGACUUAAGUGACAUCUUAUAUUCACAGGUCAGACUCUUAUCACAUCAGUAACAUGCACAUUAUCUCCAUACAUGACUUAACCAUUUAAAAAGAAAUCUCUUAGUUUAAAAAUUACAAUUCACGUAGUCAGCCGCGUUUAACAGACUCCGUUGGUCCCCUCGUUGAAGUAAUUUUACGAAAAAAAAUGGCUAGUGAAACUUCCGAGUCCAAGCCGCUGUUGCAGAAAUGCCUUGAAAAAUUAACAACUGGGGUAAUUUUCAUACUCUACACUCAGGCAACUUUUAGCGGUUGGUUGUUGUUUAUUUACCUCUUAACGACACAAUUUUGGUGGGUCUCCCUCGCAUACCUUGUGUGGAUGUACUACGACAAAGAUACACCGGAUCUUGGAGGUCGCUCACUAUCCUGGAUCCAAAAGAACAAAGUCUGGAGCUACCCCACAGCCUACUACCCCGUAAAUCUAGCCCUAGCGCCUGGAUUUAACCUAGACCCGAAACGCAACUACCUUUUCUGUUUUUUUCCACAUGGAAUUAUACCCAAUGCCAUCUACGUUGGUCUCACGAGUGGCGCCUGUGAAUUUCAGCGCAUGUAUCCACAGUUUCAAGUACAAAUAGCUCUUUUACGUAUCCUUCUUUUCACUCCCUUCUGGAGGGAAGUACUAAUGGGGAUGGGUUUGGUAUCCUGUACGGCUAAAUCGCUUAAUCAUCUGUUGAGUAGACCAGAAGGUGGCAGAAUCGUGCUUUUAAGUCCUGGAGGAGCAAUGGAAGCUUAUUACGGCCGUCCUCAGAAGUACACCUUCCUGAUAAAAGACAGAAAGGGGUUUAUUAAGAUGGCUUUACGACAUGGAUCGCCGUUAGUACCUGUCAUAGCGUUCGGUGAACCCGAUCUCUUUGACCAAAUUAUAAACGAAAAAAUAAGACCUAUUCAAGAGUUUAUAAGGAAGUACGUAGGGAUCGCUCCUAUUAUUUUCUACGGAACGGGGUUCAUUUUUCGUUAUGGGUUGGUUCCAAGGAAAGUACCGCUGACGUGUGCUUUGGGGAAGCCGAUCGAGGUAGAAAAGGUGGAGAAUCCAACAAAUGAAGAAAUUAACAGUCUGCAUGCGAAGUUUGUGCAAGAAUUGAAGGAUUUGUUUGAUUUAUAUAAGGAUAAGUUGUUGGACAAACCAGACGAUGACUCUUUAGUACUCAUGUAAGCUACGAAUUUUGCAAUUGUACUACUUAAACAAUGCUGUGUGUUGUUGGUUGCUGUAUCAUCAGAAGAAUUAUAGUUUUGUUUUUA